AUGAGCUGGAACUGCCAGGGGUUAGGGAAUCCCCGGACAGUUCGACGUCUAAAGGAGAUGAACCGAUCAAUCUCUCCUGACAUUGUAUUCCUCAUGGAAACUAAAAAUCCCGAUAGCUUCGUUCUCAACAAAACCGAUCAACUUGGAUAUGAGCACCAUCAUCUAAUCCCGCCAACCGGUCAUGGUGCAGGGGGGUUAGCGAUCCUAUGGAAACAGGAAGUAAAGCUCCAUAUUUUGUCCUCAAAUGCAAACUUCAUUGAUACUUGUAUUGAAUAUGAGGGAAAAACUUUCUUUGCUGCCUUUGUAUACGCCGAUACUGAUAAUGCAAAAAGAAGAUUGUUUUGGGAACAAAUGACUCCCCUAAUGAAUAACAGAGACGCCCCAUGGAUGAUAACAGGAGAUAUAAAUGACAUCCUCAGUAAUGAAGAAAAGGAGGGGGGACCGGCAAAACCAGAGGGAUCGUUUGGUGAUCUCCGAACUUUCUACUCCGAGGGAGACCUGUUUGACUUACCCCACUCGGGUGAUUUCCUAUCUUGGAGGGGACAGCGGGGCGACCAUCUGGUUAGAUGUCGCCUCGAUAGAGUUGCUGUGACCAGCUCGUGGGCAGAACUAUUUCCGACUGCAAGGAGCCAGUAUCUGGAGCUUGAAGGAUCAUAUCAUAGGCCACUGGUGUCUAUCUUUGCGCCGGAAAGAAAGAAAAGGAAGGGAAUGUUUCGAUAUGACCGCAGAUUAAAAGACAACCCGGAGGUGAAAGAGCUGGUACGAAACAUAUGGCAAAAUGCAGGGGAUAGCUCCAUUAGCACAAAAAUAUCCAUGACCAGAACUGCGAUUGUUGAGUGGAGUAAGAAACAAUAUCGGAAUAGCAGGAUCACCAUAGAGAAGAAGAAAAAAGAGCUUGAAAGCGCACUGGUGAACCCGAUCAAUGAUGGCGAUCUUAUUAAGAAGGUCACAACAGACCUAGAGGCAGCCUACCAAGCGGAAGAAGCUUUCUGGAGACAGAGAAGUCGCCUCCUUUGGCUGAAGCUAGGAGACCGCAACACUGGAUAUUUUCAUGCGGUGACAAGAAAACGACGCAGAGUCAACUCCUUCUCGGUUAUUGCAGACAGUAAUGGGGCAGAGGUGUAUAAGGAAGGCGAGAUUACUAAGGUCAUAGUCCAGUAUUAUGAAGACCUAUUCACUUCGAUGGAGGGAAACAGAGCUGAAACAGUUGCAUACGCUCUUCAAAAAAGAGUAACAGAUGCGGAGAAUGCGAUUCUAAUACAGAUACCGUCAGCAACGGAAAUCAGAGAUACGGUGUUUUCUAUUCACGCAGACAAGGCACCGGGACCGGACGGGUUCUCAGCCAGCUUCUUCCACUCCAAUUGGGAGGCUAUUGGACCAGAUAUAGUCAACGAGAUCAGAGGCUUCUUCGAGUCUGGAAUGCUACCGCCAAGGAUAAAUGAAACAAACAUCCGACUCAUCCCGAAGAUUAAAAGCCCACAGAAAGUAGCCGAUUACCGCCCCAUAGCGCUGUGCAACGUUUAUUAUAAGAUCAUCUCAAAGAUCUUAACGAGAAGGAUGCAACCGCUGCUCACAAACAUCAUCUCCGAGAAUCAGUCGGCCUUCGUCCCCGGCCAAGCCAUCUCUGAUAAUGUGUUGAUAACACAUGAGGUACUCCACUUCCUAAAGAACUCAGAUGCGGAAAAGAGAUGUUCUAUGGCGGUUAAAACGGAUAUGAGCAAAGCAUAUGACCGGCUCGAAUGGGAGUUUAUCGAGCUAGUCCUGAGACAGUUGGGUUUCCACGAGACAUGGAUCACUUGGAUCCUGGAAUGUGUAUCCACUGUUACACUCUCCUUCCUCAUCAACGGCUCGCCUAGAGGAAGGGUACAACCGAGCAGAGGCAUCCGUCAAGGAGACCCUCUUUCACCAUACAUUUUCAUUUUGUGUAGUGAAGUUCUCUCGGGCUUGUGUAACAGGGCAAACGAAGAGGGUUCUCUAAAAGGAAUUAGUGUGGCAAGGGCAUGCCCCCGGGUCAACCACUUACUUUUCGCGGAUGACACUAUGUUUUUCACCCGAGCAAAUGUGAAGAGCAGCCAAUGUCUAACCGGCAUCCUACAACGAUACAAGGAAGCCUCUGGCCAAACCAUCAACAAUGAAAAAUCGUCUAUCACUUUCUCAAGAAGAACACCAGGUGCUCUACGGACACUGGUAAAAGACGCACUAGACAUACAAAAGGAAGGUGGAGUAGGCAAGUACCUCGGUUUACCGGAACAGUUUGGAAGAAAAAAGAGGGAUCUCUUCACUUCCAUUGUUGAUAGAAUCCGGCAAAAAGGAAGCAGCUGGUCAAACCGGUUCUUAUCGAAAGCGGGGAAGAUGAUUAUGAUCAAGAGUGUUCUCUCUCCGAUACCCUCUCAUGCGAUGACUUGCUUUAAGCUACCGGUCUCCUUGUGUAAGCGUAUCCAAUCUGCUGUCACCAGGUUCUGGUGGGACGAUGUCGACGGGCAGAACAAGAUGGCAUGGGUGUCAUGGGACAGGAUGACUCAACCGAAAGCUAUUGGAGGAUUAGGAUUCAGAGACUUCCAGGCUUUCAACGAUGCCUUCUUAGGCAAAUUGAGCUGGAGGAUUCUCAACAAACCCGAGCUGCUGUUAUCUAGAAUCCUUAUGGGCAAAUAUUGCCAAGCGGAGAGCUUCCUGGACGUAUCACAAAAGAGCGCAUCAUCACAUGGAUGGCGAGGCGUUUUGCUAGGCCGAGACCUAUUAAAACGAAAUAUGGGGUGGGUUGUAGGAGACGGUACUUCCAUCCAGAUAUGGGACGAUGCUUGGCUGAGUCUAUCUACACAGCUGAGACCUACGGGACCAGCAACGGAAUCAACCGCAAGCCUCAUAGUCGCUGACCUGUUUGAGGAAGGAACUAGAAAUUGGAAUACAUCAAAAAUCCGACAGAUCCUACCACAAUGGGAGAAGCUCAUCAAAACCAUAAUCCCGAGCGAAACAGGAGCACCAGAUAAGCAGAUAUGGCUGAGCACACCCUCAGGAGAAUACACGACAAAAUCAGGGUAUCAUGAGGCGAUAAAAAUGAGAACAGAGGAGGGAGGACAUCCAGAAGCGAGGGAACUAGAGUGGUUUAAGGGAGUCUGGAACCUCCAUAUCUCUCCAAAGAUCAAGAUGUUCCUUUGGAAGCUUUUCCAGCAAGCUCUACCAGUGGGUGAAAUCCUGAUGGCGAGACACAUUACGACAGAAAGCCAAUGCCCAAGAUGUGGUACACCUGAAUCUAUAGAUCAUCUUUUCUUACACUGUCAGUUUGCGAAGGAUGUGUGGCAAGCUGCACCCUUUACAACGACGUUUGAGUAUAGCGGAUUGAUAGAUUUACAAGAUGUAUGGCUGAAUCUAUGUGGUAGAAACUGUUUACCUCCCACAGGUCUUGCAACAGGUCACUUAGCGCCCUGGAUAUUAUGGCAUCUAUGGUGCGCUAGGAACCAACUUGUUUUUGAGGGGAAGUCGAUGUCUGCAGAGGAAACGCUCACAAAGGCGGUGACAACGGCGAAGGAAUGGACUAAUAGCCAGGAGAAGGAUAAACAGAGACAGACCUACAAGACCCCAGCUCGGGUCCCUGACCUACAAAAUCGCACGGUUGUGAAUUCGGAUGCAGCAUGGCGAGCGACAACCGGGACUGCGGGACUUGGCUGGACUUUAAGGAACGAAGAGGGCUCUCAUUCUUUCACCGCAGGUGCUCAACAUGUUGGCUCUGUUUUAAUAGCAGAAGGCUUGGCCCUGAAGAAGGCUCUAUCCAGCUGCAAAGAUCGUGGGAUCAAACGCAUACACUGCUUCUCUGACUCGGCUCAACUUAUGAAGGCGGUCAAUGGGGGAGAAUUUUACCCAGAACUUUAUGGGAUUAUUUCUGAUGUUUUUGCUAUUUCUUGUUGUUUUGAUGAGAUCUCAUUCUCUUGGAUAUCAAGAGAGAAAAACAAAGAGGCUGAUCUUUUAGCCAAAUAUUGUCUGGUUGAGGAAGAAGCCAUUAUGGCUGGCACCUAA